AUGAGCGAGGCGUUUCCCAACCCGUACGAUCCGCCAGGCCCCACGCCGCCUGCGCCGAGUGCGAAUGUAGACGCGGAAGACGAGCAACUCUCACGUGCUCUUCGUGAAUCGCUGGCAUUAGAGGAAGCGGAGAAGCAGCGGCGAUGGGCCGAGGAGCAAGCGGAGUUGGAAGCAGCCAUUCGUGCGAGUGAACGAGAUCAUGCACAGCAGCAGCGUGCGUGGGCCGAGCACCAGAAGAAAGAAAAGGAGAUUCUCGUGCAGUCGAAGCAGGAAGCCUAUCGAGAUCAGCGGCGGCGCGAGGCGGAGCGGCAGCGCCAUGCGCUCCUGGAAAUGGAGAUUAUGGAGCAGAGCCGCCGAGAACAUGAAGCGCAUAUGCGGGCCUAUACACCCUCUUUGCGCGAUAGCGCCAGCGACACGGGCGCCCACUUGGACAUGGAAUCGCUGCUAUGGCUCCAGCAUUGCGGCUCUGUCUCCGCCUCGUCGAGUGGGGGGCGCAGCCAAGCCGCCUCGGUCCCCACCGCCGCUGCCGCCGCCGCCGCUGAGUGGGAUGCGCCGCCGCAGUACGAAUCGGUGAUGCCCAAUCCGUACACGGACGCCGAGCCUCCUGCACCCGCGACGAUACCCGCACCCCUCCCAACCGAGACGGAAGCGGCGGCCGACGCACCGCGUACCUCGCCAGCGCGGGCGGCCGCGCCAGGGCCGACGUCGGUCUCGACACCGACCGACGAUGCAACGACCCCGCAGGCACGUGCGCCUCUGACUCGCUAUGAACAAAUGUUUGGCCGGUACGAAGAGGACGACGACGGGGGCGAUGAAUGGGAUGCAUCGUCGUCGUCGUCGUCGUCGUCGUCGUCGCAUGCCUCGGCCAACGCAAGGAACGAGACUGUGUCUGCGCCUUCGGACGAGCCACUAGCAGCCCCACCAAAGUACGAGUGUGCGAUUCGGUCCACGGCGACGUCGAGUCCCACGCAGCAGCCGACAUCUGCGAGCGUCGAGUCCCACAGUGCAGCGCCGACGAGACGCCCCCCGUCGGCAGCGCCGUCGAUGGCGUCGACGCAGGCCUCUGUGCCUGUGGCGCCGACCAGUCCUGCAGCGCCGGAGGCCGCGGUCGCGGCCGUGGCGGACGAGUCGGCGGCCCGGCCUUACCCCCCCGAGUACCAGGAUGGCCAGCCGGCGUUGCGGGGUGUGCAGUUCGGCACGGCUAUGCAUCCGUACGCCUUGGAACUUGGGACGCCGCAGGGCGUCGCUCUAUACCCCGCGCUGGACCUGGCGAUGGCGCCUCAUACGCCGUCGGCGAUGGACAGUGUGUACUUCCCGCACACGAUCGACUUGGACCAAGGCCGCCCGUAUUUCGUGCUACGUGCGUAUUCGUGGAAAGUGCUACUGCAAGCGAUGGCAUGGCACGGCAAUGCGCGUGUGUGUUCCGCCCGCGGUAGGCUGUAUAUGCAUGUGGCGAUGAUGAUCCCCCACCGCGCUGACCUAGCGCCGUUUGCCGCGCCAUGUAUGGUGAUGUUGGCGCUAAGUGCGCAGCCCACGUCGAUCACACAGGCGCCUGCCUUGCAGGCGUACGUUACGAAGCGCCACGCGAGUGUGACGCUGAUCUCUCUCGUACCGCACCCACUAGCGCUGCCCACGGACCUCGUCACGCUGGCGCAAUCGCUGUUUUCCGCGCCGCAGCUGAGCACAGCGCCGGCGCUACGGGAUCUGCGCCAGCUCAUUGCACGCCAGGAAGAAUGGCUCGAGGCGCGACGCCAUGCGAUACAGGCGCAGGCCACGUCGGACGAGGGAUCUGUGCUUGAGCAGCGGUUCUUACGCCACCAACUCUCCUUACUGCAACAUCCUGUGCUGCCACCGGACGCCGUGGACGUCGAUGGGGCGCAUCGCGAGCAUUUGCGUGAUCGCGUACGACGGACCUUCGCACGAUGGAACUCGGCUCCGGUAGCCUCGGACGACGAUCUCACGGCGUGGAUCACGCCGUACCCGUUGGAUGCGACGUCGUAG